CUUGUCGUAUCAAUACUUUACAGGCAAAAAAAAAAUGCAAGAGACAAGAAACUAAUAAAUUUAUAAUCGAAAAAGAAAACACCAUUAACUUUACCAAUAUUACUGAUUAUAUUUAUUAUGCGCUUUUGGAGUAUAAAAAUUUGAAUGACGAGCUUGAAGAACAAGCCUCUUUUCAGCUUCAUUUUGAUAUCAACUUUGAUUCUCUUAAUAAAAAUAUCCUAACUGAUAUUACUAUUAAAGAAAAAAAUUUACAUAUUGCCGAUCUAGUAGUUAAUGCAAUUAGCGAUA